AUGCUCUAUCGCUUCGCGCGUGCUCAGUUCAGCGCGGAGAUGAACCUCGUCGCACUACCUCCAUCCGCACUUGGCGAUGACGAGCUUCCGUUCCAACUCCAACUCACCCUCUCCGUCGCCCUCACCCCCGGGGAGACGCAGCCCGCAAAGUACUGCCGGCGGCCGACCAAGCUGCAGUCAUCCCUCCUAGACGAUUCACAGACGCGGCUGAUGACAUAUGUCUUCCCGCCUACCGGCGCCGUCGACAUCCCCCCUAUCUACCCCGACAUCGCAGUCCCGAGUGGCGCCAUCGACAUCCCCUUCUUCUAUUCCGCCCUGCGCCCCGCGCCAGUUCCGAGCCCACUUUCACUGCAAGAUUUCUGCCAACCGAAGGACCUGAAGGCAAAGCUCCUCCCCUUCCAGCGCCGCAGCGUGCUCUUCCUCCUCGGGCACGAGGGGCUGGGGUUUUCGCAGGGCGGUAAACUUGUCCAACGACCCGUGAGCAGGUUCAGCUUUUGGGACAAGGUCGCGUCGGGAGGAAGGGAGUUCUGGUUCAAUCGGCUCUCUUGUGCCUUAUCCCUAGACUCUUCUGCCGUAUCCCUGCACGAGCCAGAAGAAACCGAGCCUGCGCUAGGCGCCAUCCUCGCCGAGGAGCCCGGUCUAGGAAAGACGGUGGAGAUGAUCGCGCUCAUCCUGCUUACGAAGCCGCUCGAUAUUAAGCGGAAUCCGAGCCAGACAAGGUGGGACCCGGAGGCGAAGGUGGAUGUGAGGACAGUGAAGACCACCCUCAUCGUCACUCCACCCACGCUCGCCUCCCAAUGGUGCGAGGAGCUCGCGAAGCACGCGCCGUCGCUUAGGGUCCUCGUCUACGACGGCUGGAACACGGUCCCCGUGCCCAUCUUCCACACGCAGUCCGAGCACGAGCGCGUGCGCAAGCUGAUGGGGAAGGCGAAGAGGGCGAGGGAGAAGGCGGUGGCGGGGACGAAGACCGCGAAGGACAAGGUGGCCACGAAGGACAAGGUGGCCACGAAGGACAAGGCGGCCACGAAGGACAAGGCGACCACAAAGGACAAGGCGACCACAAAGGACAACGCGACCACUACAGGCAAGAAGUCCAAGAAAGCCUCCAAAACCCCAGCGCCGCCUGCCGAGGAGGAGUUCCCGCAGGACUUCCCCGCCUGGGUCAACUCGUACGACGUCGUGAUCACCACGUACCGCGUGCUCGCGGCCGACCUCGCGGUCGCGCUGCCUGCGCGCGAGCGGCCGCGGCGGCAGGACGUGGUGUACGCGAAUGUGGAGCGGCCGAGGAGCCCGCUGGUGAUCUGCGAGUGGAACCGGGUGGUGAUGGACGAGGUGCAGAUGGUGGGGGGUGGGAAGACUGAGGACAUGGUCUCGCUGAUCCCGAGGAGGGCAUCGUAUGCGGUGUCCGGGACGCCGGCGCGCCAGCAAGUGUCGGACCUCAUUCAUGUUCUGCGCUUCCUGCGCGUCGACGACGUGGUCGGCUCCAGCAGACUCUGGAACCGCCUCAUCCAGCCGGCGUACGCUGCUCACUUCGCCGCGUUCAUCCAGGGAUAUGCGGUUCGCACGACGAAGGCCUCCGUCAAAGACGAGCUCACGAUCCCGCAACAAACGCGGUAUGUGGUGCCUGUUGAGAUGGGUCGGGUCGAGCGCCAUGUAUACGACGAGACGCUAGAGGGUAUCCUCUAUACUUUGGGUCUGGACGCCCGGGGAGUCGCUGCGUCGGCGGGAUGGGAGUUGGAUACCGCGGUCUUGCGCGCGGGUAUCCGACGGCUGCGCGCGGUCUGCACGCAUCCGCAAGUCGGCCAGCUGCAGCGCCAGCAGGGCGAGAAGACGGUGAAGGCGCCGCUGAAAACCAUGGAGCAGGUGCUUGAGUCCAUGCGCGACCAAAACUGGAAGAGUACGAUGGACGACCGCAAGUCGAAGGUCCUGCUCCUCGUCCGCCAAGCCCAGCUGGUUCAGCAGCAGGACGGCGACCCGAAGCGCGAGCGCAAGUCAUUGGCUCUUCUCGAGACCGCCUUGCAAGCCGCGGGCGCCCUUCAGACCCACAUCGUCGCCGCAUUGGACGAGCACCGCGAGAAGGGCGAGGCGCUGAGGCGGGCCCACGCAGAAGCUCACCCUGAAGAGGCCGAGGCCGAAGCAGGUCCCUCGACUGGCAAGGGUAAAGGACGCGCGGGCUCGCCGAAUAGCGAGGUCUCGGAAGACGUGGACGAGGUCGGCAUCCCCAAGACACCGGAGGGUGACGCGUAUAAGAACAAGCUGCGCUCGCUGAAGGCCCGAUUACGCGAGUGUCGGAUUGUGCUGCACAAGGUCCACUUCCUGCUCGGUGACAUCCACCAUGUCCUGAACAACAGCGACGCCGAGACGGAGGCGUAUGAGAAGGCUGACGAGCUGAGGAGCACCCUUCUUAAAAGCACAGAGGCGGAGGCGCAAAAGGCCAUCGAGCUCUUCAAGGCGAACGAGGAGGUUUCCGAGAUCAACGACGACGAUCCUCCUUUCAUCGACAGCCCUUACCUGCCAGACCCGGGCGAAGCCGUCAAGUCGCGCGAGUUGAUGAGGGAGGCCAACAGCGUGGUCGCCAAAGUACUCAACGCACAGACCGAGCUCCUGUGGACGUGGAGGGGCCGCAUCAAGGAGCUGUUGACGAAGAACUUCCGCGCGCAGGAUGAUGCUGACGGUGGCGAGUAUCAGCGCUCGCUUGAUGAUCAGGGCGAGAUAGAGACCUACCUUCAAGCCUACGUCCAACUCCUGGCCGACAAGCGCGAAGCGAUGACCAAUGAACGUACUUUGUUGGCCGCUCACGAUGCGCGGGAGAGGCAGUUCCGCCAGACGAAAGCUGCUCGUGAAGCCGCUGCCGCCGCCGCCGAGAACGAGCCAGAAGCUCCAAGAAGGAGGUACAUCGACUACGUCGAUGGGCCUGGCAGUGAUAUCGAGGAGGUUGAUAACACCGAUGUAAUCGACUUGCAGCCGGAGCAUGAGGUGCUGCAGAAGACCUUGCUGGAAGAGCGCAAGGAGCUGGUGAAGGAUAUGGGGGAGCGUUCGAUUAAGAGUAUCAUGAACGAUAUUCAGGCCAAAGGUGCCAAAGCCAGGCCGAAGAGCACGGAAAAGACAGCCUGUAGGGACGCUGUCCAGGCCCUCAAGACCCUGAUCAAGGAGCAAAACGAACUCGCACGAGUCCUCGAGGUCGACCUCCGUCACAUGCGACGAGCGUUCAACCAGCGCGUCAUGUACUUCCGCCAACUGCAGGAGAUAUCCGACAGCGUCGCCUCCGUCGAGUGGGAGGGCAUGCUAGACGACGCGGUCGCGGCCACCGAGAGCGAGCUCGGGAAGCUGGAGGGCCGCAUCAACACCAAUGUCGCGCGCCAGCGGUACUUGGAGAAUCUGGGUAAGGCCGGUGACAAUGAUGAUGAGGACGAAGAGGAAGAUGUGUGCAUCUUGUGCCGCUGCGAGUUCGUCCGCGGAUUUAUUACGCCGUGUGCGCACAUCUACUGCGAGGGCUGCAUGAAAAUGUGGACCGCGAGGCCCGAGGGCAAGACGUGUCCUGUGUGUCGGGUUCCUAUCAACCCCAAGUCUCUGCAACGCUUUACCGUGAACGAGAAGAAGGGCCCCGCACCACCUCAGCCAAGCAAAGACAACCAGCUUGCGCCUCAGACGCGUCGCAAGAUCGACUACAAUACGAUCGAUCCCGAGCUAUACAAGGAUAUACAGGCCAUAGAGUGCGAAGGGGACUACGGCCACAAGAUCCAAACACUCAUCCGCCAUCUGUUGUACAUUCAGUUGGGAGAGGAAGGGGCCAAGAGCAUCGUCUUCUCUGCCUGGGCGGACUCCUUGUACAUCCUGCAGAACGCGAUGAAGGAGAAUGAUAUCCCGUGCCUUCGUAUCGACCAGGCGGACGCGGCGAACAAGUUCAGGACGGACCCUAAUAUACAAGUGCUCCUCCUUCACGGAGAGCGCGAGAACGCCGGACUGAACGUGACCUGCGCUUCGCGCGUCUUCCUUUUGGAAAGCGUUGUGCACCAUGGCUUUGAGAUCCAAGCCAUCGCCCGUAUCGACCGUAUGGGUCAGCAGCGUCCCACAGAGGUAUUCUGCUAUUAUGCAGAAGAUACCGUCGAGAAGAACAUCCUCGACCUGGCCGCCAAGAAGGGUCUAUCCCUAUACACGAAGGAUAACGCCGUUGGCACCGUGAACGUAUCCUUCGCUGGGAACGACGAAGCUUCGGGGUCUCCAAAAAAGAAGAAGACAACGAAGGCGAGCGCGAAGCAGCAGAAGGGAGAUUAUAUCAUGAAGACGGACGACAUGUUGGAGAUCCUCUUCCCCCAUAUGUACGAGGAUCUUGAGUAUCUACUACCGGAGGACGCGAUGCAUGAUGUUGAGAACCAUGGAGGAAGCGGUGGAUCUGGGCAGCAUGCGAAUGCAAUUGCGGGUCCCUCGCGGGUGCGCACCUAG